AUGGCUCGUAAUAUUAAUUUCAUUAUUAUUAUCGAUAUCUUGCUUGCUUUCGUGACCAUAUCGACUGCACUCUCUCCGAAAUUCUCGGACUGUCAACUUCAAAAAUCGGAUGACGUUUCUCCUCUAACUGGUUGUCCAUCCGGUACUCUAUUCGUCUCUCCGACAGAUUCGCGAGCGAAUUUCACUAGUGUGCAGACCGCGAUCUUGUCCUUACCCGAAGAGGGACAGGCCACCAUCCUCAUUGGCGCUGGGGAAUACCAUGAGACGGUAAAUAUAACUAGGAGCGGUCCCUUGACACUACUUGGUAAACUAAACUCAAGUGCUCUCUCUCCUUCUUCAAAUGCUUCUACACGCAAUCUGGUUCACAUCUGGAACAAUAUUUUCGUGCAAAACGGGAUAGACGAUGCACAAUCUGCAGUCCUACUUGUCGCGCCUUCAUUCAAUGCGUCGCUGAUUGGCGCAGGACCAACUGGUGCACCACUCCAGCCGCUUUUCGGGAACACAGAUUUUAAGGCAUAUAAUAUCGAUUUUGAGAACCGAGCUGCAAAUUUCGCGAUAUCCCAGGCACUCGUCACGGACAUCUCUUAUGCGAAUGCCUCAUUCUACGGAUGCACGUUCUCAAGCUUCCAAGAUACUUGGUAUACAGGUCGGAAUGCAAGUACCUAUGUUGUCGAUAGCAUCAUCUUCGGACAAACGGAUUAUCUAUUCGGUUUCGGAACUGCGUGGUUUGAGAAUGUCACUCUCGCAAAUAGAGCUUGCGGUGGAGGCAUCACUGCAUGGAAAGGCACCAACCUAACUGACGCUCCCGGAAACCGAUACGGCGCAUAUAUCAACAAUUCAAGAAUUAUCCGCUCUCCAGAUGCGAAUGCAACACUCGACAUCACUGGAAAAUGUUUUCUCGGCCGGCCGUGGAACGAUCUUGCAACAACAGUAUACCUCCGUACAUUCAUGGAUGACACAAUCCAGCCCGCUGGCUGGACUCCUUUUGAUGCCGCCAGACCUACGAUCAUGAAUACGACUUUCUAUGCCGAGUUUGACAACUUCGGACCCGGAGCAAACACCUCGCAACGAGUCUCAGACCACAUCCUCACCGCAGCAGAGGCCGCCAACUUCACUCUCGAAAAAGUGUUCCUUGAAGUGCCUCAGUGGAUUGACUUUGAUUACAUCCACUGA